AUGUAACUUGCUAUUGAUUCUGCAAAAAUGUCGUACAGAGACGUGCUUUCAGAGCGAGUAUUUUGUGUUUUUUAAGUGAUUUCCUAAAAUGGCGACAAUACAUUGGUGGUUGUUUUUACUGGUUUCUUUGAACAAUAUAAACAACUCCCAAAAUGUGAGCCACCGAAAUUCGAGUCCAGCGAAUAAUAGAACAACUCCGUUAGUGAGAGGCCCAGCGCAAAUUCAAGUCCCCUAUCAAGAAUCUUUCAGAAGAAAUAGCCUCCAGGACAUCAUCAAAAGUUUACUUGAUGGAGCGAAACCUAAGAAACACAAGAUGAAAGGGGUUGAGUCGGUGUACGAGCCAUAUUGGAUCGGAGGGGAGUGGGUGUUUUAUCGGACUACGCCUGAGCUUUACAAGAAGUUUUCAACGAGAGCUCCCGUCACCACGGCGUGGUCAUCCACCAGCAGUACCAAGACCAAAACUACUACUACCACACCCUAUUUGAACUUUAUGUGUCAACACCCAUGCUUGGAACUCUAUGAAGAUUUCGGCAUAGUUUGCGCACAACGCUUCAACGGUUUACAGUACGAAAUGAAGCAAUUCAACGACACGUGCGAUCUCUACUUCGCUAACUGUAUAAGCCCAUACAACAAGAACAAAUGGGACUGGCACGUGGGUAAGUGGUACCUAGUCUACCGAGGUCCAUGCUGGGAGUUAUCAACGACGUUCGCUCCACCGCCGGUUAUACCUACCAGUUUGAAGAGCCGAGCCAACUUUUGGCUAUCCAAAGUGUACUAUAAUAAGAAAAAUAAUGUGUACGACUUGCAUUUUUAGGGUCGUACCGCAUUUGCGCCGCGCAGCGCGGCACAAAGCGUCAAAUAGACUAUUUAAUUUUGACACAAACAACUUACCACAACCUCAGUUUUUAAAACUGAGAAAACAAGACUCUGCUAUAGAUUUUGUAUGGCAAUACAAGCAAGCGACGUCACUAUUUUGUCACUCAAGUAAACUACUUUUUACAAUUACAAUGCAACCAAAAAUCUUAAUUUACAGUUAAUUUCAAUUAAUAAAGUUUUUAAGACCAAUCUUUCUUAAAAAAGUCAGUUUUUUAAAAAAUGUUGUGAUUUCGAAUAAAUUGAGAAGUAGUGUCAAAUAGUCUAUUAUUCUUUCACUCAUUUCGUAUGGAAUAUGUAACAGCACAGUCGCUUACUAGAGAAUAUUUUGACGAGUGCAGUGCCGCGUGGUGCCGCACAAAUGCGGUCCGACCUUUAGAGUUAAUAAAUUAAGUACCUGUAAUAAAAGAAAAAAAUUAACGAAAAAUAAAACACGUUUUACAUGACAAUAAUAUUUUAUUACAGCGCUAAUUUACACAAUCGCAAAAGCGAAUAUUAUAUACAACGAUUUAUUUCCUUCGCUUUAAAAUUAAUUAACUAAGCUUUGUAUAUUUUUAUUACAUAGCGAUU